AUGGGAGAUUUCUAUGGUCGUGACUGGCAAUUAAUCAUUCCUGGAUGUUCUAACGAUGUUCAUUUCUAUAUAAUUUCUUGCUUGUUUUCUAAAUCUUAUAGGGUUCUUUGUAAGUUCUUUGCUCAUGGAGCCUGUCUGAAAGGGGAGCAUUGUGAAUUUUCGCAUGACUGGAAAGAUCCUCCAAAUAAUAUAUGCACAUAUUACCAGAAGGGAGCCUGUGCUUAUGGUAGUCGCUGCAGAUAUGAUCACAUCAAAGUUUCUCAAGUACAUUCUUCCGUUUCAUCUUCUUCAGUAAUUGAACACCAAACGCCGGUUUCAGAUACUGUUGCUUUCGGAAAUAAUAGAACCACUUCAAAUGGUGCGGGUACAGCUGCAGACUUUUCUCUUUCCAGUAGUACUUACAUUCUUCCUAGUGAACCUGUUUGGAAUCAAGAACUGGCUUGGAAUCACGAACUGGUUUGGAAUCCAGAAUUUGAGUAUCACGAAAUUUUUGGGGAAGACAAUGUUGGUCAAUCCAUAAUCACUUCACCUUCUGAGCUUUCAAUAUGUUCAUUUGCUGCUGCUGGCAACUGUCCACGAGGGGAAAAAUGUCCUCAUAUUCAUGGGGAUCUAUGUCCCACCUGUGGAAAACUUUGCCUGCAUCCUUUCCGACCUGAGGAAAGAGAAGAACAUAUGAAGAGUUGUAAAAAUAAACAUAAGCAUCUUGAGGCAUUGAAACGAAGUCAAGAAAUUGAAUGCAGCGUAUGCCUGGAGCGUGUUCUGUCAAAGUCUACACCAGCCGAACGGAAGUUUGGGCUGCUAUCUGAAUGUGAUCAUCCAUUUUGCAUAUCCUGUAUUCGGAAUUGGCGUAGUAGUAACCCAACGUUGGGGAUGGAUGUUAAUAGCACAUUGAGGGCUUGUCCUAUUUGCCGUAAGCUAUCAUACUUUGUCAUUCCAAGUGUCAUUUGGUACACGACAAUUGAAGAAAAACAAGAAAUCAUUGACAACUACAAGGCAAAGCUCAAGUCAAUUGAUUGCAAGCACUUCGACUUUGGCGAUGGUAACUGUCCUUUUGGAACUAGUUGUUUCUACAAGCAUGCAUAUCGAGAUGGCCGUAUGGAGCAGGUAGUAUUGCGUCAUCUAGGGGCUGCAGAUGGAAAUACCGUUAUUGCAAAAGACAUCAGGUUAUCGGAUUUCCUCUCUAACAUGCAUUUAAGAUGA